AUGAAUUACAUUUUGCAAUUCGUGUUGAGGGUGUUACCCUUUAAAUUAUUCUUCAUCAAAAGAUAUGUAGAUGAUAUUCUGCUAUGCUUGCCCGCUAAUGAACUGGAUAAUUUGUUAUUAUAUUUCAACAGCUUUAACCACCAUAUACAAUUUACCCUUGAAAAAGAGGACACGCUGUGUUCUGUACCUUUUUUGGACACCAGAGUCAUACGUAAAAAUAACAUCUUACUGGUGGAUUGGUAUCGUAAACCACUUAGCUCGGGCAGAUAUCUGAACUAUAGUUCGUACCAUAAACAUGCUAUGAAAAUCAAUUUAAUAAAAGCAAUGAAAAACCGCGUUUUAAAAAUCAGCGACGUUUCUUUCCACUCAAAAAAUUUAAAAAUAUUGCUUCACCUUUUUUUGGAAAACGGUUAUCCUGAGACUUUGUUGAGGAAAUUACUAUUUAACACAAGUAACAUUCAACCAACAAUUGUCAAUAACAAUGUUGAUGCAGACAACUCUCAAACCAUCGACAUUCCCAAUACUAACGUGGCUUACAUGACGCUGCCAUAUACCAGUGAGAUUGCACCGAAGUUGACUCGACUGUUUAAGCCGUUUGAAAACAUCAAACUUGCGUUUAGGACUGCCCUCACAGUCAAUAGGGUUUUCUCGAAAGUCAAGGAAAAGACACCAGUGCUUUCUAAAACUGAUACGGUCUACAGCCUUCCUUGUUUAAAUUGCAAUCAAAUAUACAUCGGACAAACAUCAAGAAGACUAAAAGACAGAAUAACGUCACAUAGGUCAGACUGUAGAUUGUACCCGGAUAGAAGUGCACUGGGCGAACAUUCUUUCAAUAAUGACCACCGAAUUGAUUAUAACAACGUGAGGGUAUUGGACCGUGAGUCACAUGCGGCUAAGAGGCUAUUUUUGGAAAUGGUCCACAUAAACAAAAAUCCAAAUUCGAUGAACCAUCGUACUGAUAUAGGCCACCUCAAUGAAAUGUUUUCCUAUUUACUCUAUUUAGAUAAUCGUGAGUCAUCUCAUAACUCCCAUUCUAGAGACUCUGAACUGUCAUCAACAUUAUAA